CGGUUUUUCCCUCCAUUUUGCGUCGUCAUCUCCAGAAUCUUCAAAAACCUUUCUCCAUCUGUACAGACUGCAGAAUCAACAAUCGUUCAAGAGAAGUCGAGGAGUAAGGAAAUCGAAAAUGGAGGAGUACCUGAAUUACAUGAAGACAUUGCGCUCUCAGAUGAGCGAUGUGGAGGAUCAGGCUGCCAAGAUUUCCGUAGAAGAGCAGAUGCACAUCGUUACCAUUCAAACCAUGGAAAAUGAUCUCAAUUCUGCAAAAUCUGAAACGAAGCAACUUAAAGAUGAUGCUGAGCAGAUGAUGACCCUAGAGCUUAUUCAACAGGAACGAGUCAGCUUAUCUGCCAAACUUAAAGAUAAGAGGGCUUACUACAGCAAGGUUGCUGAGGAUAUUAGCCACAAAUUGCAAGAACAACAGGACUGGGUCAAUUCCAUCAAAGUCAGCAGAAACAUGGGAGAGCAUGGAUUCAGUCUCUUAAAGGGAUACCUGGCAUUCAUAGCCAUCUCACCAUGGAAGAAUGAAGUGCAGAAGGACCUGAUGGCUAAAUUGGACUCUGCUAAAGCCAAGCUUGAUCAGAUUGCACAAAUGAAAGCCCAACUGGUUUCAGAGAAUUUCAAGGUGCAGCGGUCUCUUAAGGAAGUGAACUGCAGGGCAAAUGUUUUUAAGCCAGAGCUACUAGCAAUGGAUAUUUCGACCCUAGAAGAAGAACAAAAGGCCCUGUUAUCAGAUAAAAGUGGGGAAGCUGAGUUUCUACACUCACUGCAGGAUCAAAUCAAACAAGUUGAGGGAAUUUCUCACGUGAUCAAAUGUGCGUGCGGAGAAGAGUUCAAGGUGGAUCUCUGUAUAUGACAAAACAUGAAACAUGUGUCUAGAAACCUUGGAGAACUGGAAACAGAAUUACUAAUCCUGUGCAGGUACUCUUACAGGAAAUAUGUAGUGAGAAGUCUGUGGUUGUAAUGCAGUGAAUUUUAGUUAUCUGGUAAUUGCUGUUUUAAAGACAAAACUAGACAAGAAAUGUCAUCUAAGCUA